AUGGUGGGUCUGGCACAACAGGCAGCAGAUGCCGUGCCUGUUGCAGGACGGACCCUGCUGCAUAACGUGGAUUUCCAGCUAGGUGUGGGAAACGGAGCACCUCACAUUGGAUCGUGCUGGGAACUGAAUGGUGCUGGAAAAGCUGUGGUGUCCGUGGACGGGAAGCCGGUGAGACUGCAGCUCUGCGACACAGCUGGCCAGGAUGAAUUUGACAAGCUUCGUCCUCUGUGCUACACCAACACGGACAUCUUCUUGCUGUGCUUCAGCGUGGUGAGUCCCUCCUCCUUCCAGAACGUGAGCGAGAAGUGGGUUCCCGAAAUCCGAUGCCACUGCCCCAAGGCRCCCAUCAUCCUGGUUGGGACCCAGUCGGACCUCCGGGAGGAUGUCAAGGUUCUCAUCGAGCUGGACAAGUGCAAAGAGAAGCCGGUCUCAGAGGAGGCCGCGAAGCUCUGUGCCGAGGAAAUCAAAGCUGCGUCCUACAUUGAGUGCUCUGCUUUGACUCAGAAAAACCUCAAGGAGGUUUUUGAUGCGGCCAUCGUGGCUGGUAUUCAGUACUCGGAUACCCAGCAGCAACCAAAGAAAUCCAAGUGUAGGACUCCAGACAAGAUGAAAAACCUCUCCAAAUCCUGGUGGAAAAAGUACUGCUGUUUUGUAUAGGAGUUGCAAGGACACAAGCGCUGCUCUGAGGAAAUCAAAUAGAGGCUAUAUUAGCUGAAAUCUCAUUCUGUGUUGUCCUGAGUGUAUAGUGUAGAUCCUAAUGUAUGUGUAUAUGUUGCUACUGGAUAUCUCGGUUGCCCUUUUGAGGGUGGCGGAAGGAUUUUUAGAUAAAUAGUUACCAGAAAUCAGGUCUGGCAUCAAUUUUCAUGACUAAAAUCUUUCAUAAAGGAAGAAAUGCACCAUGUGUCUCUGAGAUUAGAAGGAUUUGUACAACAGAUUUGACUCCUUGUGCCAUGAUGCAAAUGCGAUGGGGAGGAACAACUUAGAGGCUUUUGCUGUGAGGGCUAUUCCUGAGAAAAGUGCGAGUGACUGGAAACGUAGAGCUCCGUUCAUGGACAUUAACGGGAAAAAUAACACUGUGCCUCCUAACUGACGUUUUUAGCUUUAAAAACCCACUCCCGUGCUCUUCUCCAUGUUUUCCCAAAGCAACAUUCUUAGGGAUCACUUUAAAAAGGGUGUGCAAGUGGUGUAAUCUAUGCUCAAAUGCUGUAGCUGGAAAGGUCACACAUAUACCUCCAGUCUGCCGUUAGGGAACCUAAUGCAUUAAGGACCUGACAUCUCAUUUGUCACCUCCUGACUUGGAAAUCGUUUUCCCCCAUCCUUCCCCCGUCCUUCCCAGGCAGUUGUUUGGACRCCCAAGGAACAUUGCUAAGCUUUAACUCAUUGCUUCAAAUAGUGGUGAGUUCCUCUGUAUUUAUAAGACUUGACAAUAGCUCAUCUUUUUCGGCUAAAAGGAAUGUAAAUGUUGUUGUGUUGAGUUUUUUAAAUGUUCUUUUCAGAGCUGUUACAAGUAUCCAUGCAGCAACAUGCAAACUGCAUCCGUUUUUGUUUUGUUUUAAGUCUGCAACCAGGAAUUACAGAAUGCCCCUUCUCAUCCUUUUAGGCUGCUACGCAAAAUAACAAAUAGGGCAGAUAAAGAUUAUAAGCCACUGGGCUCUGGAAACUGAGACUCUUGUGUCCUCCUCAUGAUGCUGAUUUCGACCGAGUUAAUGUUUCCCUUCUAAAGGCAACAGUUGCUUGUUGUUGAACCUGGUCCAAGAUCACACUCUGGGAAUUGGCCGAGGUCACUCUGGAAACUUAACUGAUAAUUCCUUCCCAGAUCAGUCCAAGAAAUGAAAGUGAAAUGUACCCAAAAAGUUGCUGGGUGAUUAACACAACAUGGAAUUGAAUGUGACCUGCUCUUUGACUAAAUCUGAUUCCUGCAAAACUAAGCCUAAUUCCAGCCCCCUUGGGCUCAGGAGACCUUUGGGGUAACGUGGCUCUCUGCAAG